AGUCGAAAGUUAUUCAUUUAGAGUUCAUCAAAAUUCGUUUACCGCUGCGACAAUGCGUGCUUUCUGGUUAACGCUCUCGAUUCAAGUUGCUUUCAGCUAUUGUCAGUACAUUUAUGGGCCAGAUCCCACAUGGAAUAUUCGCUCUACAAACGAUCUUAAGAGCAAGGACUUCUGGUUCCACGAUGCGCAGCGCACGCUCUACGAUAAGCUGACGACGCUGCCCAACCAGUAUUUGGCCAAGAAUAUAAUCUUCUUCCUGGGCGAUGGCAUGUCCGUGCCGACUGUCACAGCCGGGCGCAUCUACGACGGACAGCAGAAGGGCAUCAUAGGCGAGCGGAAUCGCCUGGAAUUUGAAAAGUUCGACUACGUGGGACUAUCAAAAACAUACUGCGUGGACAAACAAGUUUCCGACUCGGCCUGCACGGCCUCCGCCUAUCUGUCCGGCGUAAAGGCCAAUUAUCACACGAUCGGCGUCUCAGCCGAUGUACAGUUAAAUAACUGUGCCGGAGCGAAACUACCCCAAAAUCGCCUUUCCUCCAUUGCAGCCUGGGCGCUACGCGGACGCAAGUCUGCCGGACUGGUGACGACAACGCGCGUUACCCACGCAAGUCCGGCUGGAGUUUAUGCACACACAUCGAAUCGAGACUUUGAAAGCGAUUUGGAUGUUAGGGAUCUGGGCCAGAAUCCGAGCAACUGCCCUGACAUUGCGCAGCAGCUGUUGGAUGAGAUGGGUCAAGGCUUGAGGGUUGUAUUGGGUGGAGGCACCAAGAAAUUUCUGCCCAAUACAAUGAAAGAUGUGUAUGGCAACGUGGGCGAGCGGCUGGAUGGACGCAAUCUAAUUAAUGAAUGGCAACAGAGCAAAACUGGCAAUGCGCGGGUUGUCUUUAACCGCACGGAUCUGCUAAGCAACAAUCCUUACGAUACAGACUACUUAUUGGGUUUAUUCAAUGCCUCACAUCUGGCUUACAAUUUGGAUGAUAGCAUAGAUACCCCGUCGCUCGAGGAGAUGACCGAAGCUGCAAUCGGAGUGCUGUCGGGAAAUCCAGCUGGGUACUUUCUGUUUGUCGAAGGCGGUCGCAUCGAUCAUGCCCACCACGAGACCAAGGCUAAGAAGGCCGUGGACGAAACAGUGCAAUUCUCAAAUGCUGUUAAGAAAGCGCGCCAAUUGACCAAUCCUUGGGAAACUCUAAUUGUUGUAAGCGCCGAUCAUGGACAUACUAUGACCAUUAACGGCUACCCCGAUAUAAACAACAGCAUAACCGGUCUUAACUCAGAAUUAAGCGAUGUAGACAACUUGCCGUACGCCACUUUAUCUUACGCCAAUGGCCCGGACUACCAAAGGUUCUAUAAAUCAGUAAAUGGCACAGUUGAACGCGUUGAUCUCCGUACGCUGAACAUUGGUGAUAGGAACGAAAGGUAUCCACAUGGCGUUCCCAUGUCUGAGGAAACUCACGGGGGUGGUGACGUUGCUGUAUAUGCUAAUGGUCCUUGGGCGCAUUUGUUCAGCGGCGUUUACGAACAAAGCACAUUACCUCAUCUAAUGGGUUUUGCUGCAUGCAUUGGACCAGGAAUAACAUAUUGCGAUCUUCGCCCCAAGAAGACUUACAAUCCUUAAAACAACCCUUCAUUUCAUUAAUACCAAGUAUUUAUAGUAAUAAAUAAGAUCCCUUUAAACCAAAUAUUGUAUUUG